ACAGGGUAGCAAGAUGAAGGGCGCAAGAGCUAGUGUUGCCUGGAUCUGGCGACGGAAGCGGCUUACACAAAACACCAUAAAAUGACCCGUGAAAUUCUUCUUUCUCCGUCCUCUUGUGUUUAAUAUUGAUGCGCCUGAUCUGGGCAUAAGCGUGCAUCCUCAGACCGUCGGCUGGAUUCAUAACCUCCCUUCGGUGAAGCCAACAGUAACAACCAUUAUAUUAAUCAAUCGGAGACAACUCACGGUAUGGUGGAGCUUCUUGCGUGGAUUUGCGCGUCCCGAAGGGAGAUUACUUCUCAUUUCAGACGAUCAUUCACGUCUAAUGGCCUCAGACAACGGCCUGUGGCCUCCUGAUACGCGAUGCUUCGUUGCUCAACAGGCCGUUGAAGACGAUCUACUGAAUUGCACGGCUAGCAACUACACCGUCACGCAGGGCAUGAUUAGCUUCCUCAACUUGACAGCAGAUGUGGGACCAUACAAGCAGGCGUAUUGUCUCAAGGCUCCGUCGGAUGAUUCCUGUCCUUUUGGUUAUUGCCCCAACCCAGACGUUUCUGGGCCAUUGGUGCGCAUCGCAUCCUACAUCACGAAUAUUUGCAUUUCUGUAUUGAUGUUUUACUCGCCCCACUCUGCGGAAGAAGCAUUCUGGUCUCAAGUCCUGUCCAUUUACUCUCUUCUAAUCACCUGCGGCAUAUCCAUCAUUCAGGCCUCGCUCACCCAAUUCCACGCGGCAAUCGUGACGAUCAUUACGGGCUCCCCUCUUAGCGUAUAUCUCUUCAUCUACUCGAUCGUGUCAUUCUGGUACAAGAAACACCGGCUGAACGGCAUCGUAGGCGAAGGACAUCUCUUCGUUCGUUUGCUCAUCCUUGCUGCAGGCGCAUUAUGGAUUUGCCUUCUAGUGUAUAUCCUGGUGCCUAGCAAUCUUUCGCACUUCGCACAAGAAUCCUGUGUUGCUGCCAACACUUUUGUCAGCUGGCUCUACCUCAUACCGUUCAUGAUCAUUGGUGACAGCUCCGCUGGCGUUCCAUGGUUGACAGCAUUGGUUUUCGGGACGGUUGGGCUUGUGGUGGUAUCAUGGAUUGUGGCUAUUAUCCUGCAACGGAAGUCAAUAUGGCGAUCAGGUGAACGAUGGUCACCACGAUUUGGCCGUACAUGGUCUACGAUUGGACGCAAUUAUUCGUUCAUUCAUUUUAUGUCGAUUGUGCUCAUCCCCAACAUCUACUGGAUCUCCAUUGUGGAAUUCGGAUGUCUCGUUGCUGCCAAUGACCAAGAGUUCUCUUUAUCAUUCGGACAGGUCCUCGCGAUGUUUGUCGCGCUGCCACCCCUUUUGUCGACGUUGAGGCUCGCUCCGAGGCUGGCCAAAUGGUUCAUCAACCUUACUUGGGUUCGAACUAUAACGGGGCGUCGACGUGGUGGGGAGAAACACGGGGGUGAUACUCUGAACCUUGCUGUGCUCCCUGUUGGUAACGACGGGGAGGGGGGCUGGAGAGGCAUCACCUCCGGCGAAGAUUAUGGAUCUGUAUUUAAGGAACAUAAGGAUGUGCCUGUUGAUAAGUACACCCCAGUUGUCCAAGUCAGCUGAACGUCGUAUCUUAACGUAGAUCAUCUCUGGAAUCUUUAGUUCAAUAUUGGGCUGUUUACGUUGUAAUGACCGGAUUUGAGCUCUAACUUAACAGGACGGCCUUGACGACGUUUUCGUCUGCGAGCUUUCUCACUUUCAAGCCAUUCGUCUGCUGUUUACCAGACCGAGGGACCUGGUAGGAUCGGCGACGUCCAGAUUCUUCUGUAAGGGUGCGUCGUGAUGUAUGUUCCGCCAAUCAAGGCUGAUAUUCGAC